AUGGACCACGUCCACGAUAACGACGAUAUGGAAGACCCUCAUGAUCUGUCCUUCUCGAGCAACCACAUCCUCCGAGCUUCCAUGGUCGAUAACCUAGUUUUGUCGCUCGACCAAUUCUCUGGCGGUAUAUUCGACGACGGCCCGUAUACGCCGCGGAGCAACAGUUACGAUACCAAUGCGAGGAUCCGGAAGAGAGGGCAUACAUUUUCUUCGUCGACGUCUUCGGAGAAUGAUGUCCAACAUAUAAGACCUAUGCCCCAGUUGCCACAGACAAUCCCCAGAGUUCCUGUGCGCAACAGUGUUAGGUAUCAAAAGGAUCUGCAGAGACUGCCGAGCAUAUUUGGAGAAGACGAGGAAUCGGUCCGUGCGAAGGUCUAUGAUGCACAAAGAGCCAUCCAGCCCCGUCACCCGAGGCGGAAAAAGAAUGCCUCUGGUGGUGGCAGAAGCACUAACAGUAGUGCAUCGUCAAGUAUUGACUUGGGACAUCUGGCCAGUCUGACGGGUCGUCUAGGAGGACCGGGCAACAGACGGUCCCGGAGCUUCGAUUUCGGCGCGAGACCACGAGAGUUACGUACCAUCAAGCCACUCGGAGCUGCUGACGGGGCGCCCACUCCGGUCAUAUUCUCGGGCCCAGAAGCUCAGAGUGCGACACCAGGAGGACCUCCGGGCUCACCUCUUGUGCGGAAGAACAGUGCCAAAUCCUCCAAGAGCGCGUACGCUAAAAAGGGCCGAGCAGCAGCUUUGGGAUCCAACGCAGCACGAAACGAAUCCGUGCCCCAACUUCCUUCCAUGAAAAGUGUACCGAGCUUCAACACCGCGGAACAAAAAGCGAACAUAGGAGCUGUGCAUGGAACAAUCGCAACGCCCAGGCCUGGCUUCUUUCGGCGUGUCUUUGGCUCCUCGAGAAACCCAUCGGUGCAGACGGACACCAGUCCAGCGCCCCAUGUACUUACGAAGUCACAGCCUGGGCGAGCGACUCCCGUACAGGACGAGAAUGCACAUCCUCCCACGACGCCGCCCGGCAAAACGCAAAAGCUUGUCCGGCGGACGUCCACCGAUGCUUCAGCAAACAAAGAGAACCAGCCAGUCAUCACCAAAAAGUCGUCCGCAUUUUUCCGCCGAAGGAAGAAGUCAGUCUCAAACGUAGUCCCGCCACCACUGCCUUUGACCCUACACUCGGACUUACCAUCAGAGAAUGAGCCUGUGGACGGAACGAGUCCGGUAAGCAGCCUCAGGGCGUUUAUGGAUCCCUAUCUCGUCGACCCUCCAUCCGCGACAGGACACGCUCAUCCUCGUAGCCAUAGCCGAACGAGUUCAAUGCAAGGUUUCUAUACCCCGCCUCUACCACCUCCCGGGUUCGGCUUGCCAAACCAAGCUCCCAGUCGCCCCAAAGGAGGCGGCCAUACUCGAUCGGAAUCCCACACCAGUAAUAAGACGUUGAAAUCGAACUCCAAGCAGGUCUCGGCUCUUCGAAUUCCUCACCAGGACUCGUUUCUGGCGGAUAGCAGCAGCGCCGAGGAGCCUAUGAAACGCUCUCCCUUUGACGCUGGUCACCAAUUUGACAAUGAACGGCGCUCAUUACGAUACCGGGCCAGCGUGAGCGACUUGAAGCUGGAUCACACACCCUCCGCUACCUCAUUACCUAGCCCGCUAUCUGAUCCAAGGACCGCGACUACUCGACAGGGAUCUUGGAGGUCCGACAAGGUGUCACCUGUAUCUUCCAUAAUCGUGCCUCCAACCUCAGGGCCCCAAAAUGCCGAACAUGGGAAUAAGCCCAUGUCAACGAGGCGACAAAACACUCUUGAGGUUGGACGCAAAGGGACAAAGGGUUCCCCAUUCGCGUCAACGUCUGAUGUGAGUGAUUAUAGAUCAGCGCCGAGCACGCCCCUGAUCAUCGAAACUCCCGACGGCGACAUGGCCUCGCCGUUUAGCUCUGUCUUGCCGAGCGACUCUCAGACCGGCCUUGAAGCAGACUACAAAAAGAGGGCUCGACAGAUAUUCGACAACACCGACGACGAGGUUGAUCCUUCUUCAGCCGGUGCGUGGUUGGGAGACCCGGGUCCCGAAAGGGAAUAUGUGCGGAAAGCAUAUAUGGAGCUCUUCGAUUGGAAGGAUCAGAAUAUCCUGGAUUCCCUUCGAGGUCUUUGUGACAGGAUCAUGCUCAAAGGAGAGACGCAGCAAAUGGACCGCAUCGUGGAUGCCUUUGCCCAGCGAUGGUGCGAGUGUAACACAUCGCAUACUUUCAGAUCAAGCGAUGUGGUGCACACAAUUUGCUACUCAAUCCUCCUCUUGAAUACCGAUCUUCAUCUGGCGGACAUUGACCAGAAGAUGACGAAGGCCCAGUUCGUGCGGAAUACGUUGCCUACGAUCAAACGCGUGGCGCAGGGAUCCGAGGCCGAAAGAACUCUACGAGGCCCAAAGCGGAACAACGCUUCAUCGAGCGAUGAUAUAAACAGCGCUGCCUUGGAGGCAAAGCGGUCUGUAGAGCCGCUGACCUACCAGGAUGGACAUUCUCCCGAAGCUGUCGAUCCUGCUGCAGACGUUGCACAUGGCAGAAACUGGGAAGCACAUAUCGAAACCGUGCUCAGGUCUUUCUAUACGUCGAUCUCACAAGAGCCUCUACCGCUAUACGGUGCCCAGGGCGACGCAAAUACCCAACUGAAUCAGUCUAGCAACUUCUUGACCAUCGGAAGCUCGAUGCUUCGGCGCACACCCAGUGUGCUGAGUAAGGCACACUCUGAUACCAACCGGGGUCGAUAUGCUGGUGAGAGUAAGUCACUCGGCGCCCGUUUUAUGACGAAGGCACGGUCGAGACCGCGGCUGCCCUCGGCUCCGGGUUUUGCAUCUAGUAGAACCAGCAUUGACGAGCAGUCCUCGGCCUGGAGUCCAUCAAUGUCAAGCACGUGGAGUAAAGCAUCUCUGGGAAAGACAUUGACGUCCAUGUCGGUCGACUCUUUUGGCACAGAAGCUACUCAUGCCGAUUAUCAAUCGUCCAUCGGUUUCGCAAAUGCUUUGAGCCAGGCUAUUAUUCGGGAAGACCAGCUAGAAUUACCCAUCGAGGACGGCGCGAAAGGUGUGUCUCUGCUCGAGGAUGAGUCCCUUGAGCUUUGCGGUGCUCCGUGGGCCAAGGAAGGCAUUGUCAAGCACAAGUGUCAUCUCGAGGGUGUUGACAAGAGGUCAAAGGACAGAAACUGGAAUGACUGCUUUGCGGUGAUAGAGAAAGGAUAUAUGAGGCUUUUCUCUUUCACAUUGACGGCCAAGUCCCUGAGAUACAGAGCACGCGCUCCCAAAGCUCCAGCUGUGGUGGGUGGCGGUAACUGGCAGGACAACGCUGAGGAGCUGUGGAAGUUCACCCUUCGACAUACCAUUGCCAGCUCACUCCCACCCCCUGGUUACUCGAAAGCGCGACCCUAUGUGUGGGCGCUCAGUUUGCCGACAGGUGCCGUCCAUCUCUUCUCGGUUGGCACACCGGACAUUGUGAAAGAGUUCGUCUCUACCGCCAACUAUUGGAGUGCUCGGCUCUCGAAAGAGCCAAUGAUGGGCGGUAUUAGCAGUAUGGAGUAUGGCUGGAGUGAUGCCGUGGUCAACCGCUCAUUGACGUCGUCGGAGCACCAAUCUGGACGCAACGCCGCCAUGAGUCCACGUCCCAGUACACAGAUGUCGAUGCGGAGCUCCAUGGACCAUGUUGGCGGCGUCCGGCCUAAGCUUCCCGGGGACAAGGCUCAUAUCAGCGACUGGACGCCGCCCCAGCAAUCCAUGUUUGCGUCCCAGCUGAUGGAGGUGGACCAGCUUCGAGCGCUACAGACAUAUGUCACCAACGUGGAGGAAGAACUGCAGAGGCACAACGAACUGCGAGGCCUAAUGCUUCUGGCGUUCACGGUCAAACACCCCAACUCAACCAAAGCUAUGAACAACUGGGAGCGGAAAAGCAGUUACUUGCUUCGAGAAAUUGUCAAGUUCCGCACGUACAUCGAUACCUUGCAGAACGCACAGAUGACGAAAGAUAAGAUCUAUCGGAUGAGAAAGGAGGAAGAGAGAAUGCAGCAUGCCGCGAUGGACUCGAGGAACCAGGCCACCACUGCCAUCCCUGGGGUAGCGUGA